CGCCCCUAAAAUACAAUGGUACAACCUGUGGUGGGCCAUCCAUCGAUAUAGUGAACAAGAUAAGCACGCAUAACACAACGUGAAAGCAUGGCACUCACAUUCAUACGAAGCUGCUGAUCGGAGAUAUUCAAUCAAUUUUGGUCAUUAUUACAGCUACUAACAGUUUUUGUUAAACGUCGUCUUCGACAAGAUGGAGACUGAUGGUGGGUACGGCUGGGUCGUCGUCUUUGCUACCUUUUUCACAACUCUCAUCGAGUUUGGUACGUUCAAGAGCUUGAGUGUAUUCUUAACUCCUGUCCAUGAGACUUUGGAGUGCCCAGUAUCCAAUCUUGGUACAGUCUUCGCUAUGUCACACGCGAUCUGCUAUAUAGUGGCUCCACUUAGCGGCAAAGCAGCCACAACACGAUGCGGAAGUCGUCCUUUCGUUAUGGCUGGUGGUGUCUGCAAUCUUGCGGGGCUCCUUGUGUGCUCAUCUUCAACAUCCAUUGGAUUGUUAUUUGUUGGUAUGACGCUUCUUGGCAUUGGCUUUACGAUGUCCUACGCACCGUUAAUGAUCACAGUAGUUAUGUACUUCCCAACAAGGUUUGCAUUGGCCAAUGGCGUUUUAAGCACGGGAGCAGCCGUAGGCAUGAUGGUCAUACCUCCUCUAGUGGAGCUUCUAAUUAAAACAUACGGCUGGCCGAAUGCAAUGGCUGUUCUUGCUGCCGUCAACUUCAAUGUCACUGCUUGUGGAGCUUUGGUAAGGCCGCCCCUGGGGACGCACCAAAGACUCAUCAAUGCUGCAGAUGAGGCUGACACAUCGACAGAUCCAAAUCUACCACAUAUUUCGCUUCUCCGCUCCGUUGUCGUAUUCCUAAAAGAUAUCCCCGAGAAACUCUCACUGGAUAUCUUUAUAUUGGCACCAGCCUACAGCGUCUACCUACUAAUUUGGUUUUUGAAUGGAGUAAUUUUUAGUGCAUGGCUGAUCUACCUGAUCCCACACGCUAUAUCGAAAGGAAUUGAUGCCCGUUUGGCAAGUUUCCUGGCGACAGCGGGCGGUAUAGGCAACCUGGUUGUAAGAGUGGUUCACGGGCCGGCCAUUGAUCGAGGACUUAUAACAGCACUCAAGCUGCUCAUUCUGCUCUCUGUGCUUAACGCUAUUGCCUUCUUCGUUGAUAUGGUGUCGUAUGAUUACUACCAUGUACUGGUGAUCCUGGCUAUAGUAAAUGGGGCCGCAGUUGGGAUUAUCGGUGUUGUCGUCAUGCCAGUUGCUCAAGAAGUUUUGAUCGAACCAGACCUUUCCGUUAAGGGAUAUCUGUUGUCUUUGCCGAUCCUCGCUCUUGGUGAAUUAUGUGGCGGUGUAUUUGCAGGUGCGUUUUACGAGAUGAUCGGGAAUUACAAUUUGGCUUUCGUCUCCCUAGGGGGCUUAUCAACAGUCAUCGCCAUUGCCAUUAUUGCAGAACGAACUUAUGCAGUCUGGUCUAAAUGAGUAUACUAUGACGAACUCACAGCGUUGAUUUAGGUAUUUCUAUAUGUCAGCAGUUUAAUUAUUUAAUUAUGUUAUGGUGACAUGGUCUUACGGUUACCGCAAGGCUUUGUCACAGAGAAAUUGUCUAAAAGUGUCAGGACAUUCUUGUCAUUGACAAUGGCAAUGUAUUCAUAUUUGAGGGUGGAGCUAAUGUAUUCAUUCAUUCUCAGUAACGCUGUACUGUUUGCACAUUCCAUAAUUCGGAAAUGAAUCGAUCCGGCUGAGCAUGUAGAAUCUUUCACAUGUUAAUCUUAAUCAUGCAAGUUAGCUUUUGGUUAAGUGUUUCCUUAUUAGCUGUGAUGUGUUCCGAUUGUGCUUUAAACAUUACUGAAUACCCUGAAGCUCACGUCACCAAAAUAGCAACAAAUUAUUCAAGCAACUUAUGAGCCUCAAGCUGAACCAAGAAAGGAGGCAAUUUUCUUAACAACGAAGACUCCUUUGGUCGUCACUGGAGUUCGCUGGUUCACGAACGACUAUGAAAUGCCCGCGUUACUCUUGCAUCGCUACCAACAAAAUGAAUACUCCCGACUAACAUGGCUCCUUUCAACCGAUAAUGAGGUGCUUCUGCUCAAGGCUGAUACUAUUACAUUGUGAAUCUGUUCGGGUAUCAACCCACAUAUAAACAUUUUCUUAUCGCUCUUGAAUGAGAUUUCAUCCAAAAAAAAUAUGUAAUACAUUUUUAAGUUUAGAAAUUGGCCUAUAGAAAAAACAAAAUCCUUGUUAGCCUACUUACGGCGCUACGCAGAAAUGCUUUUAUAAUAUUAUAAUGGAUUACUUUGUGAUGUUUCAUUAACUUUUUUAAAGUUAUCAAUUUUACAUUUCUGUCAUAACAAUCUCAGACAUUAAAUAUGAAUACAUGUAAUAUCAUCGAAAACUGUAACCACCAACUUCAUCACAUCUGUCUCGUAUAAUAUAAUGUUAAUUUUGAAAAUUUUGAACUGCACGAAUUUCACAUACUUGAUGAAACAUUAAAUAUGAGGCAAUCACAUUGUGUUACUUUU